CUCCUGAGCUCGCGGGUUUCUACAUCGACAGCCAUUGCGCUGUGAUGGGCAGCGUACCUCAACUGAUGUCGCUGAUGUGGUGUGCUACGCAGUGCGGCGCGUAUCCCAUUCGUUUCGCGUUGCUGUCUCACCAGCACAGUGGCACGCAUUUCUUCCGCGAGGUGAUGACAUAUCUGGGCGUUAUCAUGGGUAACGAGAUGUUCAGCCGCGACAUGUGCGCACUGCAAGGGUUGCCGCGCCCGCCCCCCGAGGAGGAGCUAGACAGCAUGUUCGGCUUCCGUGACGCGGAUUGGGCAGCUUUCCGCGACUGCGUCUGCCUGCGCGGCGCGACGGCGGGGGUCUGCCCCUUUGACGAGGCCGAGGCGCAGCGCAACGGAAACUCAAGCCUGCGGGUAACGCGGAGCCACCAGGCGGUCGGCUUCAUCUGGCAGUGCUGUGGCGUCAGCGCGUCGUGGGGCCUCUCUCUGCGCGAGCACAUCCCGUACCUACGACGGGCGGGCAUCCGGGUUGUCGUGCUCGAGCGGAUCAAUCCAAUGGCAAUGUCGAUGUCGUCGUCGAACACGGAGAACAUCGUCCACCGCGGCCGGGACGACUCUUUCAAUCUCAGUGAGGCUGACCUGCACAAUAUGGUGCUGGUGCGCCAGAAAAACGAGGGCAUGUUCGCUGGCGCCUUGCAGCUCCUGCUGAGGGCACAUGUCCCGGCGCUGUACGUAACCUACGAGACACUGAACCGGAACUAUUCCGCCUUCGUCCCGAUCCUGCGCUUCCUCGGUCUCAAGGCCACCUUCGAUGCCCCGGCCAUGCUGCACGUCACUGACCCCGUCAAUGACAAGGAAAGGCAAGCAAUGGCGCCAGCGUCGCUGGUGCGUAGCUAUGGCCUUUCCAACGCGACCAAGCACCACAUCCGCAAGACGAUAUCAUACAUCGAGAACGCGGCGUCGGUUGAGCGCUGGGUCACGGGCGGGAAUAUUCCUGGGCUGCAGCUGUGCCACUUGCACGACAACUGUUCUCUUCUCCCGGUGAAAUGCUUCGACCCCGGGCACGCUCGUGCAGCUGGUCGUGCCCGUCUUCUCUCCGUGAAGGUCGGAGACUCAAAACAAAGGUCCGAAUAGGCGGUCACGAUCUUACAUACUCUCUUAUUUUUGGGAUUCGAGAUUCGGGAUUCGCUGAGAAUGAAGAUUCGCGGAAUACCGUGACCCCAUGCAGAUUUAAAUAAAUAAAGCCAUAAAUAAAUCAUGAUAAACAAACAAACAAACAAACAAACAAACAAAUGAUUAAG